CUGUCAGGUUUCUGGGAAGCGGAAGGGAUGCUCAGGGAAACAUGGCCGCUGCAGUGCUGCUCUGUCUGCUGCUGUCAGCCGCCUGGACAGUGAGCUCGGAGGAGCAGGGUGAGGGGAACACGUUCCGGGAAGAGCUGCUCCUCACCCCGCUGCGAUCCGGAGACAUUGCAGCGACCUUUCAAUUCCGGACCCGCCUGGACUCAGACCUGCGGCAGGAGAGAGGUGAGUGGGCACUCCGGGGAGUGAGUGAGGUAGAGGGCACAGUGACUGGCAGGAGAGGGGUGAGUGGGCACUCUGGGGAGUGAGUGAGGUAGAGGGCACAGAGACUGGCAGGAGAGGGGUGAGUGGGCACUCUGGGGAGUGAGUGAGGUAGAGGGCACAGUGACUGGCAGGAGAGGGGUGAGUGGGCACUCUGGGGAGUGAGUGAGGUAGAGGGCACAGUGACUGGCAGGAGAGGGGUGAGUGGGCACUCUGGGGAGUGAGUGAGGUAGAGGGCACAGUGACUGGCAGGAGAGGGGUGAGUGGGCACUCUGGUGAGUGAGGUAGAGGGCACAGUGACUGGGCAUUAGUGACUGGCAGGAGAGAGGUGUGUGGGCACUCCGGGGAGUGAGUGAGGUAGAGGGCACAGUGACUGGGCAUUAGUGACUGGCAGGAGAGAGGUGAGUGGGCACUCUGGGGAGUGAGGUAGAGGGCACAGUGACUGGGCAUUAGUGACUGGCAGGAGAGAGGUGGGUGGGCACGCUGGGGAGUGAGUGAGGUAGAGGGCACAGUGACUGGGCAUUAGUGACUGGCAGGAGAGAGGUGAGUGGGCACUCUGGGGAGUGGGUGAGGUAGAGGGCACAGAGACUGGCAGGAGAGAGGUGAGUGGGCACUCCGGUGAGUGAGGUAGAGGGCACAGUGACUGGGCAUUAGUGACUGUCAGGGGAGUGGGCACUCCGGUGAGUGAGGUAGAGGGCACAGUGACUGGGCAUUAGUGGCAGGCAUGAGAGAGGUGAGUGGGCACUCCAGGGAGUGGGUGAGGUAGAGGACACAGAGACUCGCCAUUAGGGGCAGGCAGGAGAGAGGUGAGUGGGCACUCUGGGGAGUGGGUGAGGUAGAGGGCACAGUAACUGGGCAUUAGUGGCAGGCAGGAGAGUGAUGAAUGGGCAUUCUGGGGAGUGAGUUAGGAAGAGGUCGCAGUGAUUUCGCAUUAGUGGCAGGCAGGAAAGAUGUGAGUGGCCAGUCAGGUUAGCUGGUCCUUUAUAUGUCACAGUGAUUUGCCAGGAUAGUGGGCUUUUGAAGUUACUUGUCACUUGUUGAAAGCCAGGACUAUGGAAGUCGCAGUCGCUUGCCCUCAGUAGAGAGGGUCAGGAGCUUGAACAGAAGUCACUUCUGUAGAAGAGACUUGACAUUAGUAGAAGGAAAAGAGAGUGGGCUAUAGAAGUUUAAAGUGGCUUGCCCUCAGUAGAAGGCCAGUAGAGUGGGCUAUAGACAUACAGCGGCUUGCCCUCAGUAGAAGGCCAGUAGAGUGGGCUAUAGAUGUUACAGUGGCUUGCCCUCAGUAGAGUGGGCUAUAGAUGUUACAGUGGCUUGCCCUCAGUAGAGUGGGCUAUAGAUGUUACAGUGGCUUGCCCUCAGUAGAGUGGGCUAUAGACGUUACAGUGGCUUGCCCUCAGUAGAGUGGGCUAUAGAUGUUAUAGUGGCUUGCCCUCAGUAGAAGGCCAGUAGAGUGGGCUAUAGACGUUACAGUGGCUUGCCUUCAGUAGAAGGCCAGUAGAGUGGACUAUAGACGUUACAGUGGCUUGCCCUCAGUAGAAGGCCAGUAGAGUGGGCUAUAGACGUUACAGUGGCUUGCCUUCAGUAGAAGACCAGUAGAGUGGGCUAUAGACGUUACAGUGGCUUGCCCUCAGUAGAAGGCCAGUAGAGUGGGCUAUAGAAGACAGACACAGUGGCUUAGCCUCAGUAGAAUGCCAGGAGAGUGGGAUAUAGAAGUCACAGUGGCUUAUCCUCAGUCGAAGGCCAGGAGAGUGGGAUAUAGAAGUCACAGUGGCUUAUCCUCAAUAGAAGGCCAGUGUGACAAAACCCCUAGUUUUAUGAAUACUCAGCUUGUUUUACCUUUCACCUGCUGUUUGUGUAGUUAGCCCAUUUCGUACUAUAUCUAAAAACCGAACAAAACUACCGAACAGCCAGGCCACCCAACUUGGAAGUGUGCUGCUAAUUUACCCCCCAGAACUGCGGUUAACCACAAACAUUUGUCUAACGAUUGGGUGGUCGCGGUUCGUUUUACCGAACACGUGGCAACAUCCAUUUUAAGUUGUCGAACACCCAGCGAUGUUUGGUCGUCGACAGCGUGGAACUCUUUUCGACCACAAUUUCUCACGAACACCGCUGGGACCAUCUCACUUCCAUCCCUUUUGUUUCUAAUUAUGCGAACGCCGUGUCGUUCGGCGGAUUACAUCCACGAAAGAGACCGACCCCAGAUAGCUAAACCCAUAGAACUAUUGCUGGACAUAUUUUAUGCGAACAGUCGGUGACUUGAACUCUUUAUCUCCAUGGCGAUUUAGCUCUGUUCGUGGGAUCUGAGCGCUGUUCUCCUAUAUUAAGCGCUCAGACCCAAGCUAUCUGGGGAUAUGUCGAACAAGGGGAUUCCUUUCGGAAAUAUUAAAGUUAUGUUUUUGAAUACAGUUUUUUAUGCUUGUUAAAAAAAUUGAAAUAUUCUCUCUGCCUGGAGAUAAUUAAGUUUACUCAGGACACUUAAGUCAAUUAUAUCCAGGAUAGAGAGGAGGGAUUUUCAUGUUCAUGGGGAGUGUGUUAAAUGUCACUGUACACUGAUUGGUCACUGUUAUUUUUGUUACAGUCUUCCACAAGGUCCCAUGUGGGAGUAUCCUUGCUGGAAGACCUGCAUAAAAGGCCGAACUGUGGUCAGGAUUAAACAGAUUCGUUUUACCCCUUCAUGAAGUCUUGGCUCAUGCUUGGGGGAUUGGGAGCUAUAUAUCACUACACCUUCGCUAUUAGUUUGUAUUCGGGAGACGCUGCAGGGAUUUACUCAGCUGGAGUGUAGAAAUCCAUAACAGCCAGGAGAGUGGGAUAUAGAUGUCACAGUUGUUUGCCCUCAGUAGAAGGCCAGGAAAAUGAACUAUAGAAGUCACAGUUACUUGUCAGAAGAGUGGGUUAUAGAAGUCACAAUGGCUUGACAUCAAGAGAGUGGGUUGUAGAAGUCACAGUGACUUGACAUCAGUAGAAGGCCAGGGUAGUGGGCGAUGGAAAGUCACAGUGGCUUGUCCUUAGUAGAAGGUCAGUUGAGUGAUCUAAAGAAGUCACAGUGGCUUGCCAUUAUUAGAAGGCUAGUAGAGUAGGCAAUAGACGUCACAUUGAUUUGCCAUCAGGAGAAGGCUAUUGGAGUGGGCUAUGAACAGCCGGCAGGAGAGAGUGCUUUAUGUAGGUCUCAAUUGCCUUUAGUAGAGUGGUGGAUAGGCUAUAUAGAUGUCACAGUGACAUGGCAUUAGUGGCAGAGAGGAGUGGGUGGGUACUCAGAAAAGCGGGGUCUACAUAGGCCAUAGUGAUUUGUCAUUAGUAUUAGGCUGGAGAGAGAUGAGUGGGCUAUAAGAGGUUACAAGUGGCUUGUCAUUAGUAACAGACGUUCCUUCUGUUAGGUAUUGUCCUAUCCUAAAAAUAGUUUGUAGACCGGUUACUAUAAUGCGGUUUAUGAAUUUUGUUAUAAUGCAAUUUGUAUGUUUAUGUGUGUCAUUUUAAAAAAAAUUGUUAUAGGUUUUUUUUUUUUUGUUGUUUUUUUUUUUUACAUGGUCAUAAAAAGCAGUUUGUGUGUUAAUUCAUAGUGCCAUUGCUAAGAAGCUUGAUUCGUAAAACAAUACAAUUCCUCUUAUUCAUUUUUAUGAAGGGCGGAGUGAUCUAUAACUGACUAGCUCUGUAUAUUUUUGACAUGAAUAUUGGUUGUGUGGCAAUUCUUCAUCUGAAUUAUUGAUUGAUACAAUAGCCUUUUUUUGUGAUGAGGCAGCUUUAGUUAUAUUCGCAUUUCUUUGUGGUUCCUUCCUGUUAUUCAGAAUAAAUCAAUGCAAUUUAACUAGUUAGUGUGCAGCAAAUCGGUGAUGCAUGUGCUGUGGAUUCAAAAGGAUGGUGUGUUAUCAGGACACUGUCACUUAUGAGUACUUUUAAUAUGCCUAUUUAUCUUCUAUAUAUGGCAAAUAUGUGUUUGUGCAUUCUGAAAUAUAAAAUUAUAACAAGUAACAGUUUGACUCACAUUUUAUUAAAACCUUCCUGGUAUAACACAUCUCAGGAGGGAUCUUGGUGAUCCUACAGCAUUUGGUAUCUCGUUUGUUGCAAGGUAGUUCUAGCUUUGCGAGGAACUCAUCCUAGUAUUGAUAUAAUCAGGCUCGGUAUAGCGAUAGUAAGAUAAAGUUCUUCAGUGAAAACUAAGUUCCCAAGGAAGAGCUGAAGGACUUUUGAGAUUGACUUGAAUUGUUUUUAAAUGUUAUUUCAAAAUUUAAUUUUAGUUUUAAAAUUUACUAUUUGGUCCUGUGACUUCCUGCAUCAGUUGAGGUCAUGGGUCACGGAGGGUUGAAGUCUCCCUUUAGAGACACAUGUGUUUGCACCUAGAGCAAAGUUUUGGAAGGCUCUUUUUAAGGUAAGCAGUUUUCAGUCUCCUGGUUUACUUUGCUACUAGGUUCCUCUAUUUUUGUUCUUCCUUUGGAGUUUUUCCGGUUGGAGGAUUUGAAGACUGAUAGUGUCACCAAAGUCCACAUACCUGAGCGUAUCCCUGCUAUUCUGUGUGAGCGUAGCCUUUUUGUUUUGCCGCACUCUUUAUUAUUGACGGACUACACCAGUGGUUCCCAAACUUUUUAGGUUUAAGGCGCCCUUAAUAUUUCAAUAUUUUUCCAAGGCACCCCAAGUCAAAAUUUCUAGGUUGUAUAUCUGUAUAGCGCUGCUGCAUUUACUGGGCUAUAGUGUAAUGUACAGUUUUGGUGUUUGAAGAGGUGCUUGUAUAUAGUUUUAGUGUUUUAAUACAGGGAUGUGUUUGAAUGUUAUGUUCACUUUUAAAUGCGGGUGUACAUUUGAGUGAAGGAGUGUGUUUGUAUAUCCUUUUGGAGUUUGAAUGCAGGGGUGUAUUUGUAUGUUGUGCUGAUGUAUGCACAUACACUACCGUAUAUAUACUUACACACAUUCAUAUUGACACAUACACGACAUAUACACUCAGGCACCCUGACACACACACAAACAUUGAUAUAUGCACACACCAUGAUACAGACACACACACCAUGAUACAGACACACACACACACACACACACACAAUGAUACACAGAUGCACAUACACAGAUGUGUGUGCGCACACAGACACAGUAGCACACCCUGAUACACAGAUGCACAACCUGACACACACACACACACACGUCAUAUUUUUAAUAUCUCCAGCCACCCUCCUGUUAGCUUACCUUAUGUGUCCAGGAGGGUGGUCUGGAGUAGCUCCUGCAGCGCUCCUUUUCCCUGAUGCUGCAGCUGACUCCUCUCCCUCCCGCGCUGUCUUCCUGCAUGACGCUAAUUAUAGCACCAGGAGAAACACUCCGCGGCACCAAUGUGUGCACGGCACUCAAUUUGGGAACCGCUGUGCUAUACUAUUUUGAUUACUUGUUUUUAUUUUGAGCACCUAGCACUAUAAACCCCCAUCAUUUUAUAGGAGUAAGUUUAUUCAAUCAGCACUCCAUGACAUCACUGCUAUGGGCCCUUGGAUAGCCACACAGUUGCUGUGUUUUUUGUUCAUGUUAGUGUGUAGAGUUGGGGAGGAACCUACACAAGUAUUAUGGCAACUUUUGUACAUUUUAGGCAUAUAUAUUAUUUAUGACAGAUUACCUGUUUAAAAGUAAUGGAUUUUAUGAUUAAAGGGACACUGUAGGGACUCAGACAACUUCAGCUCAUUGAAGUGGUCUGGGUACAGUAUCCCAGGUGCCUUAACCCUCCAGUGGUAAUUAUUGUAGUUUUAAUAAACUGUACUGAUUACCUGUCAGGGUUAACUCCACCUCUUUUUUUUUUUUUCAAUGUGUUUUUUAUUUUCACUUUUUUAAAUUGUUCGCAAAGGAACAAAAUAUACAAAACAAAGAUGGGGAUACAGAAGGAAAGAGGGGAAGGGGGAGACAGCUUACAUAGCUUACAUCAAUCUUUACAAAUGCAUUGGUACAUACUGUGUUAACAAGUUAAUAUAGAAGAGACAGUUGACAAUUUGUCCAUUGUGUUACAAAGCAUUGAUAGUUAAACAGGAAUACAUCUUGGUGAAAUAUAUUGUGCUCGAUUUCUUAACGUAGGAGGCAGGGGGAAGCCCUGGGGAUGUAAUGUAAUGUGUGGCCUACAGCCCCUAUUGGGGCACUCCAUAUCUAUAGUCAACCCAUCUCUGCCACCGUGUCUGCUUUGACUAUCGUUGAGUCGGCUAGCCAUACAUUCAUAUGCGUGAGUCGAAUCUAUCCUGCCUAGGAUCUCUGGCAGUGUUGGUGUCAGUGAGGACUUCCAUCUGUGCGCAAUAGAAGUUUUGGUGGCCAUUAAACAGUGAAUCGUUAGGUAACUCUUAUCUUCAGGGAGGGUGUCUGGGAAGAUAUGUAAUAGAAAGCAUUCUGGGAUCAGAGGUACCUUUACUCCCAGAUUUUUAUGAACAAGUGUUUGUAUAUCCCGCCAUAGCGUGGUGAUUUGUGUGCAUGUCCAGAAUAUAUGAUAGAAGGACCCCUCGUGAUUGUGACAUCUCCAGCAGUGUUUGUCUGACCCUGGGUAAAUGUGAGCCAGUUUGGUGGGGACUAGGUACCAGCGCAUCGUUAAUUUACAAAAUGUUUCCCAUUGGUUAAGACUGUGGGAGGCCUGUUUUGUUUUCUUUUGAGCGUGAUGCCAUGUUGCUAUUGGGAAUUGCCUUCCUAUCUCUGAUUCCCAUUUAGUCAUAUACGAUGGUUUUGUUAUUUUAUUCUGAAGUAGGAGUGUGUUGUAGCAUAAGGACAAUGCUUUAAUUUUUGGUAGUUUACCCAUGCAUUUGUGGAUAAAUGGUGGUAAGAGAUUGGGUUCCCUCAGGCUAAUCCUGCACUCCUGUAUUAUAUUUCUUAUUCUAAGAUAAGAGAAUAAUUGUCGUGGAGGGAUAUGGUAUUCCCUGAUUAAGUCUGGGAAAGGUUUGAUGCCUUCUGGGGUCAGUAAGGAGCGUACCUGAUGGAUCCCUUGUUUGAGCCAGUUAUCUAGUUGCAUGUCUGACGUUCGCGCCGCCAGGGCCUGAAGUGGAGCUGCAAGGAGCAGGUCAUUUUCUUGUAGGAAUAGUGGGGUAGUUUGCGUCCAAGUUUGGAGCAGCGAGUCCGUGGGAGGUAGCAAGGUUUUGGAUUUGGGGAGUUUUGUACCUGCCCAAAGGAUCAGCGGAAUCGAGCCAGUGGGUAGGCAAGCGUUCUGCAACGCUAGCCAUACCGGAGGAGAUGACCGUUCAAGGAUUGUGAGGCCUUGUGCCAGCAAUGACGCUUUGUAAUAUAGUUUUAUGUUAGGUAUGCCCUCCUUUUGUGAACGGAAGCCAGAGUGAAUUUUGCGCUAUUCUUGGGGGUUUCAGUUUCCAGAUGUGUGCAUUGAUUAUAGCCUGAAAGUUCUUUAGAAUUGGGUUUGGGAUUGUGCGGAAUAAGUAUAAGAUAUGCGGUAAAAUCAUCAUUUUUAUGGUGUGGACUCGCCCCAGCCAGGAAAUCUCUUUAUCCUCCCAGGUCUUAAGUUAUUGUUGUUCUACUCUGUGAAUGAGCGGUAUAUGGAUUUCCCGUAUUAUCGCCGAGUGCCUUGCUGGCAAUUUUAUGCCCAGAUGGGAGAUGGAGGUAUUCCGCCACUCGAAUGGGUACAGUGUUUUCAGGAGUGUUAGAGAGGUAUGUGGCAGCCGUAUCGCCAGCGCUUGUGUUUUUUGGCAUUGUUUUUAUAGUAAGACAUCUUUCCGUAAUUCCCUAAUAGAGCUAGCAAAUUUGGUAAAGAUUUCUCCGGGUGUGUUAAGAACAGGAGAACAUCAUCCGCGAAGAGGGCUAUUUUUUGAACUCCUAUUGGUGUAGCUAGGCCUCCAAUAUUUUUGUUAUUUUUUAUGUGUCUAUUUAGGGGUUCCAUACAUAAGAUAAAGAUUAAUGGGGAGAGGGGACAGCCUUGCCUGGAACAGUUUGUUAUUUGAAAGGGUUGUGAUAGAAACCCAGAGUUAAAUAUUCUGGCAGCCGGUUUGGAGUAUAGGGCCAUUAUGCCUUUCAGGAAUUCUGAGGGGAUGCCCAUGGAUGUCAAAACAGCCCUCAUGUAUGCCCAGUUUAAGCGAUCGAAUGCUUUUUCGGCGUCUAGGGCUAACAGUACGCCUCUUUGGUUAGUUUUCUGAGCCCAUGUGAUUAGGUUCAAAAAGUGGCGCGUAUUAUCCCCCGGCUGCUUGUUCGGGACAAAACCUUCCUGUUCUGGGGAGACCAAAUCUUGUAGGAAGGGUUGGAGGCAAGUAGCUAGUAAUUUGGCGUAAAGUUUUGUGUCUGCAUUCAGCAGUGAGAUGGGCCUCAGGUUAGCGCAUUCAGUGGGAGGUUUGCCAGACUUAGGAAGCAUAACAAUAUGGGCUAGCAGCAUCUCCUCUGGCAUGGAUUCUGAGUCCUUAAAGAAGUUAAAAAGGUCUGUGAGGUGUGGUGUGAGCUGUGCCUCGAAUGUGGAAUAAAAAUGGUUAGAGAACCCUUCCGGGCCCGGGGCUUUAUGUUUGGGUAAUUUGUGUAUUGCGUUUCGUACUUCUUCUUCUGUGAAUUUAGCUGACAGGAUCGAACUUUGUUGGGCGGUCAGGCGUGGCAGUGUCACCUCUUUCAAAAAGAUGUCUAUUUCCGACUCUAGUGGCUGGUGAAGUGUUUUGUCCUGUGUAAGAUUGUAUAGACCAGUGUAGAAAUUCGCCAAUUCGUUCACUAUGUCUUGUGGGUUAAAUAGUUUGGACCCUGUGGCUGAUGUCAUAAAUGGGAGUUUGGAUUGUAUGUAUCGGGAUUUUAGAUGUUUUGCGAGCAAUUUGCCUGCCUUGUUCCCUUGCAUGUAGUAGGAGAGUUUCAGCUUGCGAAGCUGCCUUUCCAUAUUUAUCAGGGACAAUGCAUGUAGCCUUUCUCUUAUCUUUUCAAUUUGUUGGGAUAAGGUUUUAGUUUGUUGUCUCUGUCUAAUGUUUUGAGUUGUGAGAGCAGUUUAUCUGAUUCAGUGUAAGUCUUCCGCUUAUUUAUCGCUCCUGCUUGGAUUAUAAGGCCUCUUAGUACGGCUUUGAGGGCCAGCCAUUUAGUGUCUAUGCGGGAGGGGUCCGCUUGGUGGAUCUCAAAGAACGAUGUUAUGUUUGCGUGAAUUUUGGUGGCUGUGUUUGCGUUAUCUAUGAGAGAUUCGUUCAGGCGCCAAGCCCUGCGCCCUCGGGCUGGGUACAGAGCUCUGAACGUAGUGAUUACCGGCGCGUGGUCAGACCAGGUCCUGUCAUCUAUUUGCACUUCUAUAACAUUGGGUAACGUGAUCUUCUCUACCCAGCACAUGUCUAUGCGGGAGUAAGUGUGCUGUACCCGUGAGAAAUAGGUGUAGUUUUUCUCCUUCGGGUAGAGAGUGCGCCAUGAGUCAUAGAAAUCAUACGUGUGAAGCAGUGUGCUAAGGGUAGCGCUCAUAGUGCUGGAUUGUUGUAGAGGGUGUUUACUCUCGAUGCGCUUGAUGUCUAGCUCGGGGUCUAAUGUGCAAUUUAGGUCUCCACAGAUUAUAGUGUGUCCCACACGGAGGCUAGUAAUCUUAUUUAACGCCCUCUUAAUUAAGGAUGUUUGGGAAUUGUUAGGUGCCUAUAUGGAUGCAAUCGUGAGUUGCAUUCCGUUUAGUGAGCCCACCACAACAAGGAGCCUGCCUUGCUCGUCUGCGUAUGUUUUGUCGGGGUGGAAAACCCAGUCUGCAUGAAACAGUAUUGCUACCCCUUUUGUUUUGUUUGGUGAAAGGGCAUGGAACACCUGUUGGUAUCUAGAGGAGAUUAGAUUGGGAGGAUUUCUCUUACACAUGUGUGUCUCUUGGAGACAAACUAUGGCUGCCUGACAUUUGUGCAUAGCUUUAAUCACAGAGCUUCUUUUGAAUGGGCUGUUCAGGCCAUUUACGUUCAUGGAUAAGCAUUUAAAUUGGUACGUCAUUUUUAGUGAGCCGGUUUCGGAGCCUGUCAUCUAAUAUAGAACACUUUACAUUAGCGUGUAUGGACCUUAUGAUAAGCUGAGGAGCGGCGUGUAGCUAGGUGUGCCCUGGUGCCUGGCGAUAUCUUGUAUGAUUAUAAGUCGUUGCAGCUGCUGGGUUGUUGGGAAGGGGGAUAACAGGGAUAAAAUAAGGGGUACAAAAGUAAACAAAAACAAGUAUAUACAGUAUCUCUCUAUCUUGAGAGUAUAGCAUGGGAUACAGAGGGGAGCCUUUGGGCUCCAUGUUCCUUAUAGUUCCCUGUGGGGGGUCGUGCGUAACAGGACCGCACCCGGGCCAGAUUCUAUUAGUAGGCAAUUCUGGUAUGGGAGAUGACAUGGGUAAUUAUGUACACAGACAGCAGUCCCGGAGGUCUGUGGAAUGUGUUGGGAGUUUAGCUGUGGUAAGAUGGCUAUCGGUGUCGAUUGUACCCACAUUAGUAACAGAACAUUUUAUCUUAGUGCUGGGACGGCAACCAUCCCCCACUGGCAUUUGCAUUAUAUGAAUGUAUGAAAUACAGUACCCCACCGGUUACUUUUUGGUAGGCAAAUGCGAAGUAUCUCCGGUUAGAGCGAAGUAUAUAACACAUCAAUUUGGGGACCAACGUCAGUGCACACCGGGUCUGAAAAUGGCAGCAUAGGGGGAGCGUGGGCAUCUAAGAGCGGCGACCAAGGGGUGGGAGAGGCAGGGACAUAUAUGCUUAGGAUGUGUAAGGGUUUUUUUUUUUGUUUGUUUUUUUUUUUUUUUAUAACCCCUUUCAGUCCCCUCCCCCUGCUAAAUUAUUGCACUGACGAGGGUUCCCGAUACUAUACCACUCUUGACGGCUGGGGUCGAUGACCAUCGUCACUGCGUUGGCAUGUGGGCCUAGGUCGGAGUGUAAAGCCUUCGGGUACCAGUCCAUGGGCGAGUAGCUAAUGUCCUGAAUGAGUGCAACUACAGUCAGUUAAGGUGUCUUCGUGUGACGUUGUGGAACUUGCUGUUGGGUGGAUCCAGGGGGAUGCUGUCUUUGUCAGUGUCUUUCUUAGUGUUGCAAGCCAACCAUCUGCCAUUCGGGCCAGAUCUUCUUCGGGGUGGCCGCAGAGUCCGGUUGUGACUGAGCUUUUUCAGGUGCGCCCCAUAGGCCCCAGUGCUUCAGUGUAGACAAGACCUCCUAUUGGGUCGUCAAUAAUGUGGAGCUUGUUGUUCCUCCAUAUCAUUAAUUUCGUGGGGAACCCCCAACGAUAGGCUUUAUCAUGGUUGCAUAGGGUCUUGGUGAUAGAGGAGAAUUCCUUCCGUCUCGCCAUUGUAAGGGCCAAGAGGUCAGCGUAUAUAGAGACGGUGCUGUAUGGGUCGGGCAACGGUGACUUAGCCCUAGCUGCUUUGAGAAGUGCUUCGUUGGCUUUAAAGUAAUGGAAGCGAACAAUAAUGUCGCGUGGGACUUCCGCUCCGAACCUGGAUGGUUUAGGUACGCGGUGGGCCCUGUCCAGUUCCCAAGUGAUAUCGGAUAGAUCAGGGGCCAGUGUGGCGCUUAAAGCUGUUAUAAAUGUGGGGAUCUGGUCUGUUGUGACGGACUCCGCUACCCCCCGAAAUCUUAUGUUGUUUCGGCGGGAACGGUCCUCCAUGUCGGCCCUCUUGAGCCACAAUUUGGUGUUGUCUUCUUCCAAUUUCUGUAGCUUGUCAGCCAGUAGGUUAUGUGCCGAGCAGAGGUCUUCUGUUUUACGUUCGACCUGGCCUGUGCGGUUGCCUAACUCCUCCAAUUCCAAAAUGGCGGUAGUAAAAUCCUCUUUAAUUGUAACUCUGACGUCCAUGAGCAUUUGUAUUAAGUAAUCUUUCGAUAUUUGGCUGUCAUCCGCCGUUAAUUGUGAGGGCGUCUCAUUAUAGGUAUCAGGUUCCGUAGACUGAGCUCUGCUGGUGGCGCCAUCUUGGGCCUGUUUCUGCCGCUCUUUUUUGUGGUGUCGGACCGCGUCCGUUAGUUUUGUUUGCUUCGAGGGUGACAUAGGGUCACUCUUGAACUUCACCUCCCGCUUGAUUUUAGGUUCUUUUGAUUAUUUGAUAGAUAAUCUGGCCCGGGUGGUGCGGAGCUCCUACUCCAUGCGACCGAUCUUGCCGGAAGUUGGACACGCCCCGCACCCCCCCCAGGGUUAACUCCACCUCUAGUGGCUGUCUACCAGACAGCUGCUAAAAGGACUUACAGGUCAUUAGGCGACUUUUGGUCACCUAACCAAUGCUGGAUGUGCUCACGCUAUGAAUGAAGACAUCCAGCGUCACCCAAAACCCAAUAGGAAAGCUUUAUACAAUGCUUUACUAUGUGGGGAAGUCCUAAUGCGAGUGCAACAAUAAUGCGCAUUAGGUCCCCCUGCCAACGAGGAGUGGAGACAGUCUGAACCAGCACCUCUGUGACAUCGCCACUGGAAUCAGGUAAGUGACAGAAGGGACACUGCUAGGAGGGGGGGACUAUAGGGAGCUAGAGUGCCAGGAAAACAAUCUUGUUUUCCUUGCACUGUACCUUUCCUUUUAAGAAUGGAAUUCUUAGACAGGAGUUUAAUAAGAAAUUACCCACCAGUGAUAUCGAAAGUAAUUUCUGUAAGAGAUGUGUCACUUUUUUUUUCUUUUCAUGUCCAUUCAUAUGUAUGAAAAUCUUGUUAACCCUUUUUUUCCUGUUAUCAGUCUCUCACUAUAGGCUAUUUCCAAAGGUGCUGGGGCAGGUUAUCUCUAAAUACUCCGUACAAGAAUUGCACCUAUCCUUUACUCAGGGCUUUUGGCGGACCAGAUCCUGGGGGCAACCACUCUUGCAAGCGCCAGCUGGGGCCGAACUUUGGGUCUGGUUUCAGGACUCUGUUACAGAGUGAGUACUGUUUUGUUUAGUUUUUUGUUUUAGGAACCUGCAAUUAUUAUUUUUGUGUUUUGUAAACUACAUAAAAAGCAUUAUUUAAUGACUGGUUAAAGGGUUACACCAACCAAUAAACAGUGUUUUAAGAAAACACUGUUUUUGGAUAGAGUAAACAUUCCUUUCCUGUCCAGUCCCCAGCCCCAAAUUUUAUAUAUAUAUAUAUAUAUAUAUAUAUAUAUAUAUAUAUAUAUAUAUAUAUAUAUAUAUAUAUAUAUAUAUAUAUAUAUAUAUAUAACAUGAGUGGCACAGGCAGGGGACCGUGCCACCAUUGGACGGUUGUCACUAGCAUACUGUGCGUGCUGGUCUUAGACAUCCAAGUGUUUCCUAGGGAAAUGCUGCAUAUACAGACUCUAGGCACCAUGUCCACUUCAGAUCGCUGAAGUGGUCAUUGUACCUGGUGUAACCCUCUAAAGUGACUUUUCCAGUUUGUUCCAUAUGUGUAAAACACAAGCUACGUAUCCAUCUAUUUCCAUUUUCAGUACGACAUUCUAUACUCCUAGCAAUUUGAACUUACAUUGUACAAAAGCUACACUCUAAUUAAAAGGAAAAGGUUUUGUUGUUUAGGAUACGGUUUCCAGAAACUGCAUUUUCUGAGUGAAAGGGGCAGUAUCCGUGCACCAAAUCAGGUAUAAUGGUUUUGGUGCCUAAAGAGGCCAUUAGUUCUUUACCACAGUCUGCUGGACGGCUUUUCUUUGCAUCUGUGUCUUUAUGUAAAGUAUCUCUAGAUUUAACACUUAAAUGUCCCACUGAAAUGUAAACACUGAAUUUUAGAAAAUUAAAUAUGAAUGGCAAAUUUUAAAUGGACACUCCGAAACCAUAACCACUUAAUCACCCCAAAAUCAGGACUGUUGAUGAGCAUGCUAUAGUGUAAGCAGCUCCGUCUUCAAUCAUUCAUUUCCUUAUUCGCACAACAGGUCUUAUAUUACAGAUGGACACUGUGCAUUUUCUCGUAAUACACUAGUAAAGGCUGCCAAUUCCAGUCUGGUAUGCUCACUUUACUUCAUUUUUCAAUUCUAUUGUUUGUCUUUCCCCUGAAAUUUUCUGCUGAUGCUUAUUAAUCAUUAAACCAGCACUUUCAAUGUCAAGGCUCCUAUAAGCAACACUCCUCAAUUAUAUAUUUAUAACACAACUUGGUAAGUCCCUGUUCUGACACAUGGUUUACAUGGCAGGACCAUUGUUGAAUGCAAUUUUGACAAACGUCACUUUUGUGUGACUCCUUAGCCUCUGUCUCUACAAGUGCAGUUUGGCAUAAAGAUAAUUCCAUGUCUGCAAUGUAUGAUUCUACUUGAAUAAAAAAAAAAAAAAAAUAAGCCUUUUAAAUACAUUUUACAAACACCUUUUAUGUAUCCCUUAGAGUUUGUUUUUCUUUCUUUCUUUCUUUACAUUUUUAUAUAUAUUUAUCUGGUUUUUUUAGUAAUAACUUUAUACAUAUGUUCCCUAUCAUCUUACUUCUUUAUAUCUCUGCAACUGCAUGACUACUAUUUUUAAUACGUGGACAAUAUAAUAGAUCAGCUUGAAUUGAUGGGUCAAAGGGUGUAUUCAUAAGUUUAAUAAUUCAUUUUGUCAUUUCUUAGUGUUGAUAAAACCUGGAAGGAACUAAGUAACAUUCUCUCAGGAAUAUUUUGUGCAUCUCUGAAUUUCAUUGACUCCACCAAUACAGUUACUCCAACUGCGUCAUUCAAGCCCCUGGGGCUUGUCAAUGGUAAGUAAAACAUACAUGCUGAUGAGUUUGCUAAAUAAGUAGCUGACUGUCAGAAUUCUUCUUUUUAAUGCAUAACCUCCUCAAUAAAAGUAGUCCAACAAAUGCAAUUAAAAUGUUUUGGAAUAGUGUCUUAGAUGUGCAGUGCUGGGGCUGUAAAUUCUCUCGCCUUCAGUCCUUGUAGGAAAGGUGGAAUUCUCAAAAUAGUUUGAUAAAGUGUUAUGAUUCAUUCAGGUUAGCAUUAUGCCAUUUUCAUUUAAUAUUGUUAGAGUUAUUUACUAAUGUGAGAAUUCAAAGUGAAAUUUUAAAGAGAAACUAAAGUGCCAGGAAAACAAAAAAAACCUUCUGUCACUUACCUGUUUCCAGCGCUGUUGUCACUCGACGCUGGUUCAGGCUCUGCCUCCGUUCUUCCUCCCCAACAUCAGCCGGUGGGGAGGACCUAAUGCUCAUGUGUGUUCUCACAUUAGGACUUCCCCCAUAGGUAAGCAUUGUAUAAUUUACAUGACGCUGGAUGCCCUCAUGCUUUUUAUCUCCUACUCUAAAUUGAACUUUAAUCACACACAGGAGACUCUUGCAGGCUGUAGUAUAUUAUUAGCAGAUGAGAAAUUCUAAAUUAAACAGUGUGCAAUAAAGGAGCAUUAAACAUUUAGAUGUCUCUUAUAUGAAGUGUUUGGGAAGGUUGUGCAAGUCACAUGCUGGGAGGUGUGAGUAAGGCUGUAUGAACAAAGGGAUUUAUCUCCUAAAUGGCAGAGAAUUAGGCAGUAAGACUGCAGGAGUAUAAUCUGUACAGCAAAACUGCUUCAUUAAGCUAAAGUUGUUUUGGUGACUUUAGUGUCCCUUUUAAGGCCAGAGUAGCCAAAUUGGCCUCAAAGCAUAAAAGCAAGUGCAAAUGUGCAUCAUGCUGGAUAAAUUUAGUUCUGCAUUUUCAUAAAACCUGAUGCUUUGUGACUUUUACUUUGUAUAGGACUCGAAUGCAAAAGCACUGAUUUUAAUCCAGACUUUGAACACAUCCAGGUGAUUGCUGCAGAUUCGCUUGGGCCACCCGAAUUUUGACUGUAUUUGGAUUUCAGAAAUAUUAGAAUUGCCAUUGCAGUCUGAAUUCUGCAAUUUUCACCAGAUUUUGUCCAUCUGGACAAAGUAUGGUGUUUAGUGAAUAACGUCGAAAAUGUUGGGGUCUUAUAAAAAGUCUGUGGUUCUCAAGAGUGGUAUGCAGGCGAGAUAUAUGUAUUGCAGAAAAUGUAACACCCAUUGAUAAUAUGAUUUGCUCUCGUUUGGAGACGGGUAAUGUAAAUUUACAAUUUAAUGCUUUAAGAAAAAAAAACAGAUUGUAUAACAAUAGGAGGUGAAGAGAUCUGUCAGGCAUGUCUAACGCACUUUUCCAGCGUUCCUAGGGAUAACCCUGGAAUGGGUGUGGAAAGCAUAAGAAAGAAGUGGGUAAAUCAGAAAAGAAAAAAAAUUAUAUAUUUACCUGCGCUUUUUUUUCUUCUUUUUUUUUUCAGCCUGCAGAGUUGGUUUUCUGCCUCAUUCAAAGCUUUUAAAUGAGACCAUUGUCUCAAAGUGAUGCAUGCCUGUUUAAUGUCUGUUUUAUUUUAAUUUCUUGUACUUAUUGUUACUUCAGCGACCGUUAUAUCUGUAAAUGGUACCACAUACAAUAUGCUCUGAGGUUUCUGACAUUGUCUAUAGUGUCAUAUCAACAAAGUGCACCUUAUAUAUAAUUUAUGUAUGUUCUAGCCAUGAACAUUUUUCCUUACAUUUUUUGUUAUUUGUUCCAUAGUGACAAACCAUAAUCUCCUGAGAUAUGCCACCUUACCGAGAGAGAUUGUAUGCACAGAAAAUCUUACGCCAUGGAAAAAACUGUUGCCUUGUGGCUCUAAGGUCUGUAACUCUGCAGAAAACGAACCAUCAAUAGUUAAUGCUGCUACUUCUGUUGAUCCUGCCCUCUGCAUCCCCCACUUUUAUGUUCCCAUGUGGCUCUUCCCGGACUUCGUGCAGAGUGUGACUGGCAUUUGGCCCCUUGAAACCCAUGUGUUUAAGCUACUCUGUCACCUUGACACUACUAGGGUCUUAAGUGUUUUUCUUAUCCUGGGCCUAUGCUAUCCCUUUGGGACAAUCCAUGGCCUCAUCUGCUUCCUGUUUUCAGGCACGUCCAUUCACAGGGUGUGCCGGAUUUGGUGAGCCCCACAUUCGGCAUGGCCAUUGUCUGAGCUGUGUCCGAACACAAUUCGUACUUCAAUUCACACUUUCACUCGUGCUCAAAUCUUGCACUGUUUAAGAAGAAUCUCUGAAUGACAUUACCUCACAUGAGCGCAUACAACCUAUGUGGCAUUCUACAAACCGGGCCCCCCUUGGCUUGAUAUUUUUAAAUUGAUUAUAUCAUGUUGGUAAAUAAUCAAUACUCUGUCUUCUUGACCUGUACCUGAAAGUGGGAGGGUGAUGUGCUGGUCACUUUUACAGAUGAUGACUGGUCUAAGAUCUUUAAUCUGAUUCAUAAGACUUUUUUUUUAAUUUAUUUUUUAUUUUUGUUUUUGUUUUUUUAGCUAGACUGAAGGAGACAUUACAAGCUUUGCAAUUGAUGGUACUCUGGCACAUACUUUUCUGUGAUACCAUACCUGUUAUAUAUGGAUUCUUUUUCUGUAUUUGUACCAGCCUUUUCAGUAAACUGCUAUUAAACACCAACCUAUAUCUACUGUGAGAUAAAGUGAGAGUGAUAACCCUGUUUGUUUCUAAGCUCCUAUUAACUCUAUCCUUCUUCCACCAUGUCCUGGUUCUCUUCGAUUCUGUUUAACACUCAUUUGGUAGUUUUUGGAUCACUCCUGGCAUCCACAUCCUUCAAUUUCCACUUCCUCUGGAUCCCUACAUCCCUUGUUCUGCAUCCAAAGUCCAUUAUCAUCUGCCUAUCACCUGUUGUGCUUGCUCUUAUCUUUUAAGACUCUGUUCCUGCAUAACUCUGUUCUCAUUGGCUCUCUGUAUCUCAACCCUGCAAUUCUUGACUCCACCCUUUCCUUGCCAUGUGUUUCAGUUACUUUGUGUAACCCCCUUGACCAAUAUAGACUCUAUCUCCCUUUAACAGACUCCCUAUAACUUAACAAUCUUUUUCUGUUUUGCAGGCUGGCCUGGCUUCCUUAUUAAAAGCAGAACGUUUGUAUUACAGCAGCUACCAUUCUCAAUCUGUGCACAUCCGACCAAUUUGCAGGGUAAGACCAAAAAAUUGCAAUUAAAAUUGCUUUCUACAUUCAUAUUAUCUAGGGUGAGCUGAGGUUAAACAGAGAAAUUGCCCAGUGUUUACAUUUGAAAACUAUUUGUGUUUUUGUUUAUCUUGUUUCAGUAAGGGCGUUAUAUGUUGUUGGUAAUGGCAGUGAUACAAAUGUACAUUUUUUUAGAGUUUGUAAAGUAGUGAAAGACCAAUAUUUUGUCUGGUAUUGGUUUAUAAUAUAUAAAAUAGUUUUUGUCUUGCCUAGUUCUAAAAUGUAACUUAUUUUUCAGAAUGCUGAUUGUUCUAAAGUUUCCUGGGAGUUACGCCAAGCUCUUACUGUGGUCUUCGAUAUGUAUUCCACCGGAUUGGGGAAAAGAGGUAUCUACAGAGCAUGCAAUUAGCUAUAAAAUGAUUUGUGUUCCCUAAAAAUGCGGUGGCUCAUAUCACCAUGCGAUUUCCCUACAUUGUGUGGUGGAUUGUGUCCUGCAUCCUUCUCACGCCUGAUUGCAUGCUAAUUGGUGACAUUUUCAGAUUUCUUUGAAGAUUUAGCUCCUCUCAUCCUCCAGUUUUGCCUCUGCUUCACCUCCCUGGUGUCUUUCACCAACCUCUUCAGUCUCCCCUUCCCGUGUGUCUCUCCUUAUCACCCCUGCAUUGUUAGUGGCAAUCUUCCCGCACGCGGCAUAUCUGGAAUGUCGCUCACUGACUGAUGCUCACUGAGCCAUAAAAUUGAAAAAAGAGACCUGUUACCAGGUCUCUAUUGCCUUACUGUGGUGAUGCAAUUUCCUUUGAUGGCAGGCACGCAUGCUCUGUUGUCUUGACAAGUUAUUUUGUGGGCUGGAGGCUGCAGGCCAGUGGUCACGCAUAUGCGGGCCAGAGGUUGUGCACCCCUACUUAAAGCCAACAGAUCCUCCAUUGUUAUCGGAAAGAAUACAAAAAUGUGUCUGCUGACAUUCUGCUUAGUAGCUCAGUUUGAAAUCUAAGUAAUUGACAGUUUGGAGUUCUGAGCAUGUUUCUAUAUAUUUCUUGCCGCUGUUUGGAUAGUUGCAGAUCUACAAUAUGCUUUCAAACUUCUGCAUCACUUUUGUCUCAUUUCAUCAAAAGCCCUUUUCUAAUGUAAUCCCAUAGCCUCUAUUAUAUCUUGUGUUAUCCACUUGGUCAAUAUUGUCAUGAGCCUAAUUCCCUCACUCUGGUAUCAGAUGUCUUUUCACACUUUGCUAGACUGGGUUGCUCAUUUUGAAGAGGUAUGUACAGUGAAAGACCAGAUCUGCCUCACUAAUGGUAACUAAACUUUAAGGAAAGGGGAUAUGUUGCAACUUGGCUCAAGUUUAUGGCAGUUGCCUCUUCCCUUGACUUUCCCUUGUGAUCCAGGGGAGCAAAUUCUUCUAACUGAAUUGCACCUAUUCCUAAUGCUUCGUUGGAGGGUGGAUGUUGUCCUGCUUUCCGCUUCUGUGACAAAUACUAGCACUACGUAAGCAAACAGUAAUUUAGUUUUCCCCCAAUUACUUAUUAUAAAAUAUCCACCUUUGCUAUAUUCAAAUUUAAACAUCGCCAUGUACAGAUCAAAAAUGGUGCUGUAUAAAAGCUCAAGUCUAAUCCAGAUUAAUACUGAGAGAUUACAUGCCUUACACAUUAUGUUCCUUCCUUUUGUCUUUCAGAUUGGUCGCUCUUCAAGAUGUUCUCUCGUACAAUAACUGAGCCGUGUCCUCUUGCAACACAGAGCAAAAUUUAUGUAGACCCCUCAGGCAGUGAGAAGGUAAAAUAAAUCGAUUUUACAAUUCUGAUGCUAGGAGUAAUUGGCCUGGUGCCCCGGUAAUGGAGCAAACGUUUAGAAACAGUUUUUCCCAUUACCUGGGACCCCACCGGGCUCUGAUGCUCCCUGGUGGUCUGGUGAUGUGCCUCUGGCUUCUGCAAAGCCACGGCUGUCGACAUUCAUUGGCUGAGCGUGUCAGCUGAUUGCUCUACACCAAUGAAUGUAAAUCUGUGCGGCGAAAGAUGAACAGAAUUGACAUUCACUGCCCUGGAACUACAAAUCUGGAAAUCAAAGUGAAAUGCUGCACAUACAGACUUCAGGCACCAUGACCACUUCAAAUUACUGAAGUAGUCAUGGUGCUUGGGGUAACCUUUAAGGCUGGUCUUCAUACAUUUGCAGGGUUAUGCCCAAAAAUAGCCAAAUUGGGAAAAGCUAUGCUUCCAGAUCAGCUGCUUUGACCUUAAAUUUUAAACUCUCUCUAAAGCCUCACUUGAGUGAAUUACCCUGUCCCUUCACUGGGAUAUUUCUUCUAAUCUGUUUUUAAACAAAUGUUUGUCAUACUGACUGACAGUCUCCUGAAAUAUAUAUUGUAGCCAACGCAAAAUUCACAAGGCUCUCUUAUUACACUUAUUAAUGCAAUGGGAACUGGUUUAUUAUACCUACCAUAUUCAAUAUUUCUGAAGGCUCCCCUGUCUUUCUUUUCAGGACAGUGAGCUCUUUGAUGUGUCUCCUUUAACACAACUGGAGAGCCAGGUUCCUGUCCAUGGAGAGAGAAAAUUAUACACCGUAUACAACCUGCUAGAACCAGGAGUUUUCAACACUUCUAGGAACCUAAACAUUGCUCUAAAGUGGAAGGGAGGAAUUUCUGAGUCAAGUAAGCACAGCAUGGUUACUUAUUGGCCUCUACAUGGCAUGUGUAAACCGUAAUCCUAUUUGAUCUCUUGCGUUUUUGUGUACGUAAUGUUCUUGGUACCAUCAGUACAUUACAGUAAAUGUAUUUUUUGUGCUAUUGGAAUCAUUAUUUUUCUUGUCUCCCCCCUCUAUUUAUACCUCUCUCCACGUGUGCAUUUCUGACACACUUUUCAUUUAUGUCUCCCUUAUGUCUAUCUUGCCCUAAUCCCUUCAUCCCCUCGUUUUAUCAUUACACUCUCAUCUCCUGAAGUAUCCACCAUCAAUACCUUCCUACUGUAACACUUCAUACCCUCAGCUAUCUGGAUUGUAGAUGGGCUGAGCAGGACUGUGUCUAUCUGAACAGCCGAGUGUGCAGUAUGCAAUGUGAUGUCAUGUCCUUGCCCACUCUGGUCACAAUGCAUGCUAUGUAGUGAGCUCCAGUGACUAGGUAGUAAAGCACAUCCAAUUGACCACACUACAAUUUUGAUUGUGAUGAACCAAGAGGGGAGGGUGCUGUGUGCAUCCCCUUCCCAGUUGUAAUAUCCUAGUAAAAAUCUAAGAAUAUGCGUUUAUAUUAAAGAUCUAAUAAAAAAAAAAAUAUAUAUAUAUAUAUAUAUAUAUAUAUAUAUAUAUAUAUUUUUUAUUUUUUAUUAUUUAUCCUGUUGCCAGACUAAUACUCCUGGAUUCAGUUCCCUACCCUUAGAGGGAAAUAUUUAUUUACCAAGCCCAAAAACCUUGAUACCACCUGGGAACAUUCUUUGAAUUCAUGACAUUAGGAGAAGAGCUUAAAAUAAUGCUGUACAUUGGUACAUGAAUCAUUGCCUUCUAAUGUAAUAAUAAAAGGUUACUCCAAACACCAUGGCUACUUCAGUGAUUUGAAGUGGUCAUAGUGCCUGGAGUCUGCAUGUGAAGCAUUUUACUAUGAGACUUUGCACACACAGAGUUUAACCCCUUUGCUGUCAGAGGCGUAACUCCACCUCCAAACAGCAUAACUGGGGUGUUAUUAGUUGGCCCUUAAUGAGUUAUGGACUGACUAAUGUCAGUUAGAUACUUGUUGGGUGUCUGUUGUCUGGGUGUUUUUAUUUCCUUAUACUACCAAAAAAAAGCAUAACAUCUUUAUUUUCAUUUUCUCUGAAAUAUAAUAACAUUCUCUAUAUAUUUUGUUCAUCCAGGGGGACAAUUUGCCAAUAGCCUUCAGAUAAUUGUGUUCUUUUGAUUCAUUUUCAGGUCCUCCCCAGCCCCCAGUUUUUCAUGCUGAACGUUAUGUGAGUGGUUAUGGACUACAGACAGGAGUUAUUAAUACCGUGGUGUAUAACAAUCACCCAUUUAGAGCUUUCCCUGUUAUGCUGUUGGAGACUGUGCCUUGGUACCUCCGUCUAUACGUUCACACGCUUACCAUCACCACCAAAGGCAAAGAGAACAAGCCAAGUAAGUGAUGUUGAUUUAGAUGUUUUCCUGGUCCUGUGGUGGUGGUUUCUUCUAAAACUCAAUAAAAUUGUAUUCUUGCAUUAUUGCAUGAAAUGUUCGAGCUUAAUAUUCCAUCUCUUCCUGUAACAUAUUUGAUGCCCUCUCCAUCAUUUUUUAGGCUACAUUUAUUAUGAGCCGGCGAAGGACCGACAACGUCCUCAUCUUCUUGAGAUGCUCAUACAGCUUCCUCCCAGUUCUGUUACCAAGAUCAGCAUUGAAUUUGAGCGUGCUCUGCUGAAGUGGACAGAGUACCCACCUGAUCCUAACCAUGGCUUCUAUAUCAGGUAGAUUGCCCUGGGGUUGAAAAGUGAAAUGACAAAACUUGGACUUUUUUAAAACUCAUAGCUCAGUGUCACAUAUUGAAGACUAUGUGGUUUUUCUUGCUUGUUUGUAUUUCCCCUCUGGAAAAGUAAACUCUGACUAAUACUGAGCAUGAACAGAAUGUACCCUACCUUGGUGCACUUUAAAAGGAGCCUGUUUUGUAGUAAGAGACAGAGUAGUGUUUAGGCUAGCUGGGGUGACCUUUUAUUCUAGUAAAUGGAGCAAGGAUAUUCCAAAGUAUCUAGUAACCUUUAUUGUUUUUACUGAUCAUUCCGUUUCUAAGUUCUUGCAGGUGCUUUAUCUUCUCAGUCACUUAAUGACUGAAGCAAUUGUGGAUGCUAGCUAUAAAUAUAAUAGGCCUCUCUUGUAAAGUGUGUGUGUGUGUGUGUGUGUGUAUAUAUAUAUAUAUACAUACCUAUCUUAUUCUUGUUUUUUCUUUUUCUUUAGUCCUUCGGUUUUGAGUGUUCUCAUCCCCAGUGCAGCCACUAUGAGAACAGAUGAAAUGGAGGAGAGUCCCCUCUUUACAACUUUGUAAGUGUAUUUGUGUGGACACCACACCCUGACUGUACAUUAUUCUUGCAUACUAAAAAAAAAAAAACUUCUACCAAGAUGUUUUGGCGCUCUAAGCAUAGUUAUGUGUAGUAGACUUGUAUUAUUGAUGCAAUCAGAAGCGAAGUGAUGUAGGGAGACAUUUACAUCUGAAGUCCAAAAAGAUAACAGAUCAUUAAAGAAUAAUGAAGGUAUUGGCUCCCCCAAUACAAAGUCUAACUUAUUCAUUCUUAAGUUCUUGAUCAAAAUCCAAAGUUCAGUCUCCAUGCUAUUUUCAGUAGAAUCUCAUUAGGUGAAACAGGCAUGUCCUCAAGUUUGUCAGACCUUGGGCAACUGAAAUAAAAGUUCAUUUUGACACUAAUUUUACUACCUGAAAACUUUUUGCUCCAUUGAGUAAUUCCGUCCGUGUAUUUUAUAUUUUAGUGAUGUUGCAAAACUUAUAUUUCCAACUAUAAUUAAAAAAACGAAACUUUGAAACUUUCCAAGAUAACUGUGAACUCUUUUUACUACACUAAACUCUAUAUACCUCUUUGUGUUUUUAUAUUAUGUAAGAAAAAGGUGUCUAGAGAGCUUGUUGUAAUGAGUUGACAAGAGUCUGUGACUGCUCGGGCUAACUGAUAAAAGAGGGAAACACCAUGAGAUUCGGGACACACAGAAAGACGGCUUGAAACUGUUUAUCAGGAGUUAGUUUUCAUUUGCAGCUCUACUUCUUAAAAAUGUGAUCUAAGGAACUGCAAUUCUAGCCUGUGUUCAAUGCAUUGCCACAUCAAAAUUGCAUUGCUUUAUAUCAUAUAUAGCAGUAAUAGUUUUUUUUUUACUUUUUUACCAUAAAAUGUGCAGUAACUUUUAAAACACUGUCAGGAUAUGAUUACAAUCUAACAUUUUGUGUUGGGAUGUCUAAUAUUUUGUUCCAAGUUGGUCUUUCUUCUCUGUUUUUGGGACUGUCACUGAGCAUCUGUUAUCUAAAAUAUUUGUUGUUAUACUAUACAGGUGCACUGGCACCCAAGACCACCUUAAGCUACUUGAUUUUAACAGCACACAAACAUUUGUUCUCACUAUGAGCUUUUUUCAAACCUUAGUAAUAACCUAUAUAAAUCUCUCACAGCAUUUUUAUUUCUUUAAUUUGUUAAGGUAAGCAAGAGACACUUUAGGGUAAGUUUAAAAAAAAUAACGUCUCAGGAAUCUCGAAACGCUGUUGCUUGCUUUUUUGUUGCAAAAUAAUAAAGUAUUGUUUCUUUUAAUUUUUAUUAAAUUAAUUUUUUUUUAAUGGCUAGUUUUUGGGAGUUCCUUCCUUUAUCCACUCUAAAGCUUUAGACUUGAUAAAGGGAAGAACUACAAUACAAAACUCACCAAUGUAUUGUAGUCCAAUUUAAAAAUAAAUAAAAUUAGGUUGUUUAAGGAAACUGGAAUACUUAAUUUUUUUUCAGCUACACUACUGAACAAAUGCAUCAAUUUAAAUAUCAAUUGUCCUUUUGGUAAUUGUCAUGUCACUGUAGCUAUCCUCCCUUGCAAACUUGCCAUCUUCAUAAUUUACACAAGUUUCUUUUUUUGCUUUGUGCAGUUUGGAGCAAUAACUUAUGUUUCCUCUGGUUGACAGGUUCCCAUCCUCCGAUGGAUCCAGUUACUUUAUGCGCCUCUACACUGAACCCCUGCUGGUGAAUUUACCCACCCCAGAUUUUAGUAUGCCGUACAAUGUAAUAUGUCUGACCUGCACAGUGGUGGCAGUGGGAUAUGGGUCCAUCUACAAUCUUCUUACGCGGACCUUUCAAGUUGAGGAUAGCAAAGGGGGAGGCUUGGUCAAGAAGCUUGCCAAUGUAAUACGCAGAAUUCGUGGUGUUCCUCCUUUGUGAUAAACCAUCCAAAUGCAUGAAAUAUGGAUGAAUAAACCUGUAAAAGGAACUUAAAAGUUGACCCAUAUUGGGAUUAAAAUUACCAUUCCAUCCCACCAGAGAAAGAAUAAAGUUAUUGGGUUAAAAACUACUCUCUCAAUUCCAACUAAAUGGCAGAGAACUUGUCAGAAUCUACCCACCACAUCCCCUCCUGGUUUGGUGCUGGGUUGAGGUAAAAACAAGUCUAAACGGAAGAAUGUCUUGUGGAAAUGCAUUAUAAACCAUUCGCACCACUCAGAAAUUUAAAACGAACGAUAAUUUAAGAGGUGGAACUAAGCCUUCCUGGCUUCCCCUAUCCCUGUUUCUCGGUUGUCCAAUCCUGUGUGGACACAUUUCUAGGAAAAGGGAACUGAAUAGUUCUCAGGUGUCCUAAUAAAUUGCAGUUGAAUUGCUACACUCCUCCGAGAACAUUAGACCACAGUGAUGGCAGCCUCUAUGUUGACUUUCAUAACCCUUCUAAUAAACAGUUUUACACUUCCACCAAACCCUCUUACUUGUUUGCAUUCUUUUUUUCUGUAGGGACUAUGUUAGGACCUUGGUUUGCAAUUGAAAGGAUAAAUGUUUAUAAUCUGAAA